AGCUGCACAAACAAACUAUUGAAUCAUUUCUUCUUUUACCAUUCUCUCAAUCCUUCAAUUUUCUCAAGGGCUUAUUCUGUUGCUGCACAAAGAAAUGGCAGAAGCACUUCUGACUGAAAUUGUGAAGAAGUUGGGUUCCGCUCUUCUCCAAGAGAUGGGACUUGUGUGGGGCAUGAAGGAUGAACUUGACAAACUCAGAAACACGGUUUCCACAAUCGGAGCAGUACUUGCCGAUGCAGAGGAGCAGCAACUCACAAACCAUGAGAUUGAAGACUGGCUCGAAAAACUCAAUGAUGCAUUUCUUGAUGCUGAUGACUUGCUCGAUGACAUCUCCACCCAACUUCUCUGCCGUCAGGCUAUGACACACAACACGAGGCUAAAGAAGGUACGCCAUUUUUUCUCUAGCUUAAACAAGCUUCCUUUCAGUAGUAAGUUGGCUCAUGAGAUUAAGGCCAUUAGGGAGAGACUAGAUGCGAUUGCCGAAGAUAAGAAAAAGUUUCACCUCACUGAACGGCCUAUAAAUCAGAUGCGAGUUGAGAAUAUUAAGAGAGAGGAGACUUACUCUUUUGUUCGUGCAGAAAGUGUUAUUGGGAGGGAUGGUGAUAAAAUGGCAAUUGUACAGCUUUUAUUGGAAAGCAACGUUCAGGAACAGAAUGUGUCAGUUGUUGCAGUAGUUGGAAUUGGGGGAAUGGGAAAGACCGCACUUGCACAAUUAGUAUAUAAUGAUGAGAGGGUCACUAAACAUUUUGAUCUUAAGACGUGGGUUUGUGUUUCUAACAUCUUUGAUGCGAAGGUCAUUGCAGAAAAGAUAAUAGGAGACCAAACACCUGAAAAUCUUUUGUUGGAUAAAUUGCAAGAAAAAAUUGGUGAGAAGAAAUUUUUGUUUGUGUUGGAUGAUGUGUGGAACGAGAAUCGUGACAAAUGGUUACAAAUGAUAGAUUUGCUAAUGGGUGGUAUGAGAGGAAGUAAAAUUUUAUUGACUACUCGUUCUGAGUUGGUUGCAAAUGUUUCAGGGUCAAAUUCACCAUAUUUUUUAAAAGGCUUGUCUGAGGAGGAGUCCUGGUCUUUAUUUGAAAAAAUGGCAUUCAAAGAAAGUAAAGAGUCAGAGAAUACAUUUCAAGUAACAAUAGGCAAGGAAAUUGUUCGGAAGUGUAAAGGAGUCCCUCUUGCCAUAAGGGCUGUAGGUAGCCUACUAUACAUUAAAGAUACAAUGGAUGAGUGGGAGCUUUUUAAAAACAACGAUUUGUCAAAAAUAGCCGAAGAAGAAGAUGUUAUUUUUCCAAUACUGAAGUUAAGUUAUGAUUAUCUUCCUUCGCAUCUGAAGAGAUGUUUUGCAUUCUGUUCCUUAUAUUUAAAAGAUCAAAUUAUUGAUAAGCAAGAAUUAAUCCAAUUGUGGAUUUCAGAGGGAUUCAUUCAGGGACCGGUGUAUGAAAAUCAGCAGUUGGAGGAUGUUGGUGACUUGUAUUUUAUGGAUUUACUUAGGAGGUCCCUUUUUCAAGAUGUCCAAAGAGAUGAAUGGGGUGAUGUAAUAAGUUGCAAAAUGCAUGAUCUUGUUCACGAUCUUGCGCAAUUGGUUGCGAAGGCCAAAUUUUUCAUGGUGAAUUUGGACGUAGAAAAUGUUGUGAAUUUGAAUGUAGAAAAUGUUGAUGCAAGAAUUCGUCACAUGUCACUUUAUUCCGAUGUAAAUUCGACCCACUUGGAUAGAGCUAACAAGUUACGGACAUUUUUUUCCAAUGCUAAGUAUGUUCAAAUGUUGGGUAAGUUGACUUUUGAAAGGUUUCUUUCAAGUUUUAAAAGGUUACGUGUAUUGGAUUUACAUUCGGUGGAGGUGGGGAUGGGGAAGAUGCCUUAUAUAGGCAAGUUAAAACAUUUAAGGUAUCUUGAUCUCAGUGAAAAUUGGGGCAUAGAGACUCUGCCAAGUUCCAUAACCACAUUGCAAAAUUUGCUGACCUUAAAACUCAAUGGAUGUGGGUCUCUUAAAGAAUUGCCAAGUGAUUUUAAGAAAUUGGUCAGUCUUAGACAUCUUGAACUUGACAAAUGCGAUGCAUUGAGUUGCAUGCCUAAUGGAUUGGGUGAGUUGACGUCUCUUUUGAAAUUAACAUUGUUUGUAGCAGAGUCAAAUAGCCGAUUGAAUGAAUUGCAAAGCCUAAACAAUUUACUGGGAAAGUUAGAAGUUGUUGGACGCGGGGACUGCUCAUCUGGCCGCAUUUGUUUAAAAACAACAUCGACAAAUGGCCUAAGCUGGACAUUAGAGUUUCCAUCGUGGAGAAGGGAAGGAGAUCUUGAGCAGGGGUUAUUGUUGGAAGGCCUACGUCCACAUCUGAAUCUAAAGAAGCUGAAAUUAUUUAAUUAUUUGGGAGUGAGUUUCCCAAGUUGGAUGAUGGUUGACGAAAUUGGGUUAUCCCUCCCAAAUCUAAUCAGAAUUGAUAUACAAGGCUGUAACGGAUGGAAACAUCUUCCACCAUUUGAGCAACUUCCUUCUCUCCAAUUUCUUCGGGUUGAAUACUUGUUAUCCCUAGAGUACAUAGACGAAGAGAACUCGCAACACCAACAUCAAAAUUCUUGCUUCUCUUCUUUACCCUCCUCAUCCAGUGGAGCAGCAACAAGAAGAAGAGAAGCAACACCAGUAUCAAUAUUCUUCCCAUCCCUGAAAGAACUCGAAUUGGUUACCUUGCUUAAACUGAAAGGAUGGUGGAUGAGUACUACUGAAGCAGAAGAAGAAGCAACAGCGACCACAACUUCUUCACCAGCUCAACAGCAAUAUCAUCAGCUCCCAUCAUUUCCUUCUCUUUCCAAAUUAACCAUCAGUUCCUGCCUUAAUCUGGCAUCAGUGCCUCUUCUGCAACCAUGUCUUGAAACACUAGAUCUCAUUGCGGUCAACAAGAAUCUAGUACAACAGUUAAUGAUGAUGGUGUCUCCAACAACUGUCGCAACGUCGUCCUCUUCAUCUUCUUUGCUUCUUCCUCUUCCCAAUUUAAAGUCUCUGUCUUUAACAUUCAUCGAGGAUCUAGUUACUCUGCCCGAGGAUUCAUUUCGAAGCCCCACUUCUCUCCAGAAGCUUGAGAUUUGUUAUUGUGGAAGACUAACCUCUCUGUCAGGAACACUGCGACAUCUCACCGCACUCAAUUCCUUGUCUAUCCGCCACUGCUGUGGGCUUGAUCUGUUAGAUGAUGAUGACGGCAUGCAAUUUCAAGGCCUCGAGAGCCUGACGUAUCUCCAUAUUGAAGCUCUUCCAAAGCUGGUAUCUCUUCCUGUGGGGCUUCAACAUGUUACGACUCUGCAAAAACUAUACAUUUUUCCAUGCCUUAAAGUUUUAUCUGAUAGAUGCCAGAAAGAAACAGGGAAAGAUUGGCCCAAGAUUGCUCACAUCCCAAUUGUUUCUCUUGAUCCAUAUCCUCGUUUUUCGAUAGACGAAUUUGAAUUUGAAUUGGAUUUGCAAUCAGACAGUGAUGGGCUACAAUGACGAGUCAUUGUAAUAAGUAAACAAGAUUGCACAUUUCAUUCUACAAAUUGCAACUACAACAACUUAGGAAUGUCCGCAUGUGUUAUGGGGUACAUUUGUUGUAGUCUUCUUCUUUUUCCUGUCCAUGUGUUUAAUUUCGAAGGUUCUUGGAGCUUGGGGGGAGGGGAAAGUAAGGCCAAAAAACAAAAGACAAACAGAGGCAGCAUGAGGUGCGAGGGGAAUGUGAGCCUAUGUCUAUAUAUUAACAAACGCUGGUUUAUCAAGAGUACGCAAGAAAAGCAGUUUGAAUUGCCACAAAUGUUUGCUACUUAGUUUCUUCCACUCCAAAAGUUACUAUAGUUGGCUUUCAACAUAUAUUUCUGUGGCUAUUUACUACUGGAGACUUAUUGUCCCUAUUGGUACUAGUGAUUAAGGUAGCAAUUCCGCUACAUAUUUUGUCAUCCAUUUUUCUGCUGCAUAUGUUGUAGGAGAGAAGCAAUGGGCUUCUCUGUGGAGCACGGAUAUUCAAUCCAGAGAGGCAAUAUAAGCUGCGGGCAAUAGCAAACAACUCUGGGAUGAUUACUGGGCGGUAAUAUGUUCUUUCAGCCCAUUUCAGAAAGGCUAGAGAAGUGCAUCCAAACCCAAGAAUGGUUGGCCAAGAAUGGGAAUGCUAUUUUGUGCCUCAGAAACUUCAUAGAACAUCUAAACCCACAGAUUCACUGGCUCCAGUAGUGAGAUUCAAAUCUUUAAUACUAUCAUGGAGCAUGUCGGUUCUUGGGGCUGGGUGAAGGGGAAAGUCAAGGCCAGAAAAGCCUAGCACAAAUAAGGGCUGCACGGGACGAAAACUCAGAGGCAGCGCUGAGGUGCGAGGGGAACGUGAACCUACAUGUAAAUAAACGCUGGUCCAUCAAGAAUACAUAAAAAAAAAAAAAAUAAAUAAAUAAAAACACUUCAAAUUGUUGAUUAAAUUGAGAAGUGGUUCUUUCAAACCUGCAGCUAUUAUUUGUUCAGUUGAAUAGUUGGAUUUGAGAAUUUUCAAUUACUCGCAUUUGAUCAAAACUGUUAUGUUUGGAUAUAGUUAUUUGGAUUUCAUCAAAAUUAUACUUUGUGUUUAAUUGACUCUUUAUGAAUACCAAUAUGCCA